UUUAGUGGUGGUGAAGGGAGCAUCUGGAUAGCCCAGCUCAGGAGCAGCAUCACACACGUACAGAUCACCCCGUAGGCCACCUGGGAAGGACCCAAACAAGCCACAAGCAAGCUGUGAAGGACAUCGUCAUUUUCUUAAACUGAAAGUCUCAGCCUCCAAAAUACUCCAUAGAUCUAAAUGCCCUUCUGGCUAAGGGAUGAACUUCAGCAGAGAUGUGGCGCGCCAGACCAGUUGUUAUACUUACGUAAUAGAGGAUGAAGAUUCAGCCCUGGCGACUCUAAAUGCAGUCGAGUUGGCAGAGAAGGGGGACCUGGCACUUCUGGAGAACCUGGUGAGGAAGAGCCCAGAGGUCCUCGGUGAGAAAGAUGAAUGUGGAGCCAGUCCACUUCAUCAUGCUGCUGCAGGGGGCCACGUCACUCUCAUUCAAUUUAUCACCUCUGUCAUAGAUUCACAGGAACUGAACAGCCGUGAUGACCAGGGCAAUGUGCCUCUGCACUGGGCAGUGGAGAAGAACAAAGCGGAGAGCUGCAGGGUCCUUCUUGACCUAGGGGCCGACCCCAACAUCCUCAACAAUGCCCUCCUGUCCCCCCUGCACGUGGCAGUCAGCCUUGGACACAACAACCUGGUAGAGCUGCUUUUGUCCUACAGUAUGACAGACUGCAACCUACAAGGAGACCUUGGAAACACCCCACUAAUACUGGCCUGCUCCCUCAAUAACUGUGAGGCUUUGAGUAUACUGAUAAAGCACGGAGCCAUGCUCUGCAGACAGAACAAGUUGGGCCAUUUCGCCAUGCACGCUGCUGCCUUCGCGGGAGCAAAGAAAGCCAUGGAAGUUAUUCUGAAAGCUGGAGAAGAGAAUGGCCACAAUGCAGUGUCCCACAUCAAUUAUUUGGACAAGUCCAACAGCAGCCCUCUCCAUCUGGCAGUGCGUGGUGGGAACUUCGAGGCCAUCCGUCUCUGCAUCGCCACUGGGGCCAAAAUAGACCAGCAACAGAAUGAUCGCUGCACACCACUUCAUUUGGCCUGCACUCAAGGCGCUAUUGAGGUGGUAAAACUGAUGCUGUCCACUGUGGACCAAGUAGAAGAUGUCAUCAGCCUGACUGAUGGGGCUUGCCAGACCCCUCUGCACAGGGCAACAAUAUUUGACCAUGCAGAGCUGGCGGAGUACCUAAUUUCUUUGGGUUCUGACCUGAACAGCACUGACUGCAAAGGAAACACCCCUUUGUUGUUGGCAACCAGCUGUGGAGCAUGGAAGACUGUAGCUCUGCUACUGUCCAAAGGGGCCGAUGUGAAUGUGAGAGACAAAUGUGGCUGUAACUUCCUUCACCUGGCCAUCCUGCAGCCCAAGGGUCUGAAAAAUCUCCCAGAAGAAGUGCUACAGCAUAACAAUGUGAAGGCGUUGCUGAACUGUGAAGAUAAAGAGGGAUGCACACCACUGCACUAUGCCUGCAGACUGGGUAUCCAUGACUCAGUGAAGAACAUGCUGGGCCUCUCGGGGCAAGUCGGCCUUGCAUGUAAGUCCAAAGACAAGAAGUCUGCUCUUCACUUUGCUGCACAAUAUGGGCGCAUCAAUACCUGCCACAGGUUACUGGAGACCAUCACAGACUCUCGUCUGCUUAAUGAAGGUGAUGAGCGGGGCCUGACGCCACUCCAUUUGGCUUCAAAAGGUGGGCACACCAAGGUGGUACAGCUGUUGCUGCGCAAAGGAGCUCUCUUUCACAGCGAUUACAAAGGCUGGAGUUGUCUGCACCAUGCUUCUUCUGAAGGAUACACACAAACCAUGGAUAUCUUGCUCUCUGCGAAUCCCAAGUUACUGGAUAAAACUGAUGAGGAUGGGAACACUGCACUCCAUAUCGCUGCAAGAUUGGGACAUGUGGCUGCAGUCAGACUGAUGCUUGUCAGAGGGGCUGAGAUCGUCUUAAACAAGAAUGACACUUCAUUCCUCCAUGAAGCGCUGCAGAAUGGGAAAAAAGAUGUGGUCAAUGCUGUGAUUGACAGCGAAAGAUGUGAGGAGGCUUUGAAACUGUUUGUACCUGGCUCCUCCCAGCGAUGCCCCAUUCUUGACAUGAUUGAGUUUCUGCCUGAGUCCUGCAAGCAUCUGCUUGACCGCUGCGUGAGGGAGUCUGACGAUGACCACAACAGCCCCAACUAUCAUAUUGAAUAUGAUUUCAGAUGGCUCCAGACUCCCAUUUCGGCGAAGUUAAUUGAGCAGGGCUAUUCUUCUCCACCACUAGCUGCAGUCAAUGCAAUGGUGCACUAUAACCGAAUUGAACUCCUCAACCACCCAGUUUGCAAAAAGUAUCUGGCAAUGAAAUGGGUUGCCUACGGGAGCAAAGCUCACUUGCUCAACAUGUUUCUGUACCUGUUAGGGCUGUUGCCCUUAACAAACCUGAUAAUAACUCUUCGACCCUCCGUAAACACCACCGAAACAGGCGAGCUCGACAUCAUCAUGGUCCCCAUUUCAUUCACAGAGCAAAGUGUGUUCCUGUCCUUGUGCAUGGUGAUGGUCUUGAUCACAAAUAUCUAUUCGAUAGGAAAAGAAGUGGUGCAGAUAUCACAGCAGCGCUGGAGUUACUUCAGAGAUGGUUCUAACCAGAUUGACUGGGCUUCUGCCAUCUCCUCUCUUUUAUUCGUCAUUCCCCUCAUGGUCAAUGCAGAAGGUUCUUGGCACUGGCAAGCAGGUGCAAUGGCAGUUUUAAACUCCUGGAUUGGGUUUCUCCUUUAUCUCCAGAGGUUUGAGGGUGUCGGCAUCUACGUUGUGAUGUUUGGGGAGAUCAUGAAGACGCUGCUCCGUAUUGUGAUGCUGUUUGUGUACCUGAUGUUGGCGUUCAGUUUGGCGUUCCAUGCUCUGAUGCUUAACCAGAAAGAGUUUAACAGCGUGCCGCUCUCUGUGAUUCAAACCUUUGUGAUGAUGGUCGGGGAACUGAACUAUCAGAACAACUUCCUGGAUGCUUAUUUGAACAACACGCUUCCAUUUGGUUUUUUGACAUAUGCCACUUUUGUGCACUUUGUUCUUCUCAUGCCAAUCCUCUUGGUAAACCUGAUGAUUGGUUUAGCAGUUGGAGAUAUUGCUGAAGUUCAAAGAAAUGCUUCUCUGAAACGAAUAGGAAUGCAGAUUGAUCUUCACACAUCCCUGGAAGACAAGCUUCCGUACUGGAUAAUGAAGCGAGUGGACAAGCCCUCAGUCACCAUCUACCCCAAUCGCAAAUGCUCCAGGCACUUCCUUAAACAAUUAAUCUCUGGUGAGGAGGAAAGAAGUGAAGUCUGGACUCGUCUGCAGUCCAAAUCACAAGGCUGCACAUUUGUAGAAAAUGAGCUCAAAAAGCAGAAGACCAGAAUGAAAGAAAUGUCAGGCAUACUGGAGAAGCAGCACGGUCUCCUGAAGCUCAUCAUCCAGAAGAUGGAAAUCUGUUCUGAGGCAGAGGAGUGUGACGGUCCUGUGACACUCAGAGGGAACAUGUGGCCCAGCCUGGCUCAAAGCAAAGCAAGAGGCCGCAGCACGUCGCGUUGGGUGCCGCUGAUUAAGGCAAUUGAGGCCAAACGCAAAUAAGGAGGAGAAACCUACACAGCAUGAACUUUCUAAUUUGCACGUUGAAUUUUAACUAUAUUAUACAAGUGUAGCUGAAAUUAUAAGGUAUAAAAUUGUGUGUGUCCUUAUGUUAAAGUCACUGUUGAUCUAUUCGUAAUACUCUAACUCUCCUCCAUGUGCCUUGUCUGCUCUAACAAAAUAUAUUGUUUCUUAAUUUCAUCAUACUUCAAAAUAAAGAUUUUACUCUGCAAACGUAUAAAGCUUUUCCUCAAGCAAAUAACAGUCAUAUAACAAUAGCACAUACAAUCAUAUAAGAAAGGCAUGUACCUAUGUAGAGUCUAAGAGAUAAAUAGAUCAGACAUCUGACUUUUGACCUUGAGUUCAGUGCUGUAAACUGCUUCAGUGGAGAACAUGGGAAACACAAGAUGCCAACAGAGUUUAGCCUGUGACAUCAUUAGCCCUGCACCUGUUCCUCUGCUUCUCCAACCAGACCUCUGACAGAGGUCAAGACCCUGUGAAAGUCGCUGCUGAUGGACAAAUGCCUACUCUCCCUUUAAGUCCACUUUAAAGAGUUAUUUAUUGCCACUGGCCUAGAAUUUAAUUAUCCCUAGGGCAAAUAGAACAACCAUAAAGCCAUCAAUUAGACCAAUGUUUGGGGCAUUUUUUUCUGUUUAACUCAAGGAAGUGUAUGCAUAGAAUGACCAAUGAGUGCAGUGUCAUAUCUCCGCCUGUUCUCUCAGUGACAGUGAAUAAAGCACCAGGAUGAAUUAUGUCGUAUGUCAUACAGCCAAUGCCUUUUUGUGUCCGUCAAGGAAAAAAAAAAGACACCUCAUCAGAUGAACUGUAAAUCCAACAGCAGAAUCCCUUAGCUUGGACCUUCAUAGGUGUCAGUCAGGCUGUCCCCCUCGCUGAUGGAUGCAGUGACAGAAGAUGGGCUUGACAGCCCGAAACUCUCACUGUCUUUCUGGCAUAACUCAGUAUCUCAACGUCAUGACUCAUUCAAGGAUAUGAUAAGAGCAGGGAUCACUGCAAGGUCCAGCUGAUCUUUGGUGUUUUGAAAGGCUGCAUGGAAAAGCACAGGUGCAGGAAUGUGUCCUUGCAUUAGGGUACAUUGUCAGGAAAGGAGAGAGGUAAGUCUAAGUAGAAAGCUAUGGAGCAUUUUUAAAUGACUGACUUGCAAUAAUAAUAAUAUCCAUAAGACUACAAUUUGAAAUUGUGAGACCAAAGCCAAUUUGCAAAUUAGAUGAAGCUACGUAAGACUGGAUAGAGAGCUCUUUUCAUUUGUAUUCAGGUCUGAACUUUGACUGGGCCAUUCUUAUACAAUCUUUCCACUGUAGCCUUGCCUGUGUGUUUAAAGUCAGUCUUGCUGUGGAAGGUGAACCUUUGUCUCAGUCUCAAGUUUUUUGGAACCUCUAAAAGGUUUUCUUACAGUCUUGCUCUCUUUUAAGCUCCAUCCAUCUUCAGUUCACCUCUGCUCCCCUGCCCCUGCCAAAUGAAAAACAUCCCCACAACAGGAGACAUUUCUGCACCUGCGCCACCAACAGGUUUUAUGCUGGGGAUGGUGUUUAGGACUAUUUUGAUUAUUUACUUUACUGCCAUGUAUGAGCAUUGCUGGGAGAUGCACAAAAUAAAUGUUGAUAUGAUUGUUUCUAA